UAACCACAACAUUUGUAAUAAAAAAAGAUUAUUGUAUUGAUACUACUUUUUAAAAAUUUGCGCCCAUACAGUCCAUACAUAUUAUCAUCUAUUAUGGCGUCAACUAUUAUCAUUAUCUUCAUACUAACUAUAUUUUCGAGUUACAAGACUUCGGUAGCCACAUCUCGCGGUGGCCUUUUUGAAGCUUCUGCCGUGGAGAAACAUGAGCAAUGGAUGGCUCGAUUCAACCGUGUUUACGCGGAUGAAUCCGAAAAAAGAAAUAGGUUCAUUAUCUUCAAGAAGAAUUUGGAGUUUGUUCAGAACUUCAACAUGAACAAGAACAUCACCUACAAGUUGGAUGUAAACGAGUUCUCUGAUCUCACCGACGACGAAUUCAGGGCGACACACACAGGACUAGUUGUACCUAAUGGUAUAACCGAGAUUUCAGCAUUAGGUUCGGAAAAAACGGUGCCGUUUAGAUAUGGUAAUGUUAGUGAUACUGCCGGGAGCAUGGACUGGAGACAAGCAGGGGCUGUUACACCCGUUAAAUAUCAAGGCCGAUGUGGAGGAUGCUGGGCGUUUUCUGCAGUUGCGGCCGUGGAAGGUAUUAACAAGAUUACUAAUGGACAGCUCAUAUCGCUAUCGGAGCAACAGCUCUUAGACUGCGAUAGAGACUUUAACCAAGGAUGUCGUGGAGGGAUAAUGUCGAAAGCAUUCGAGUACAUAAUAAAAAACCAAGGUAUCACCACUGAGGCUAACUAUCCAUACCAAGAAUCGCAACAAACUUGCAGCGCAUCAACUACACAAUCAUCCUCCUUCCGUGCCGCUACAAUCAGCGGGUACGAGACAGUUCCGAUGAAUGACGAAGAAGCCUUGUUACAAGCGGUAUCUCAGCAGCCUGUAUCCGUGGGGAUAGAAGGGACAGGGGAAGCGUUUAGGCACUACGCGGGCGGGGUAUUCGAUGGAGAGUGUGGGACGGCUUUGCAUCAUGCGGUUACUAUUGUUGGUUAUGGAAUGAGUGAAGAUGGGACUAAGUAUUGGUUGGUGAAAAAUUCAUGGGGAGAAACUUGGGGAGAAGAUGGUUUCAUGAGGAUUAAGAGAGACGUUGAUGCACCACAAGGGAAGUGUGGUUUGGCUAUGCUUGCUUUUUAUCCGGUUGCUUGAAUACAUACAUGUAGAUUGCUUUGAUUGAUUGGUGUGUGGUGAAAUAAUUGCAAACACUUAGAUUAGUAUAAAAUUUUAUGAAA